AUGUUUUUAUAAUACCAUCGAAAAAAAAUUCAACCUUCUUUGGUUGCAUUUUACGAAUUUAAAAUUUAGGAAGUCUAAAGUUACCCUUCCCAAAGAGUGGUCAUUACAGAAUAGAACAUAAAGAAUUACGCAGAUUUGAGAAUUGGAACCUACAGUCCAAUUGUUUGUAAAAGUAGAAUCAAGACUGUGCCUCUAGUAAAAAAAGAAAAAGUCAUUCCCUUUGAACAUGACUACAACACUUUUUAUAGAUCAGUGUCUUGUUAAAGAAAUCUUUUCAAUAUAAUUAGUGGAAAACACAAAUGA